GCUUGGUUUAGCUGCAGGUUAUAUGCCGAGAGCAAGGGAGUUUCAAUCUGUUCUGUCUGUUCUAUUUCGUUCAUUUCGUUUCUUUUGAGGGGUGAACCAGAAAAGGAGAGAAAAUGAUCAAAAAAAAUGUAUUGGGGGGAUGUCUCGAGUUUUGUUUCCGAAUACCUACUAUACACCACUGUUGUUGUUGUGGUUCUGCUACUUCUUGUUCUCUUGCUGCUCUUGUUUUUGAUCUGUUCUGUCUUGCGGAAGUAUCAUGGUUCCCAGUGCCAUUGCUUGAGGAUUAUUGCUUGUCCUGACUAUCAUUGAUUAAUUACUGUUGGAGUGUCUAUCUAUCUGCUACAUAUUCAGUAUCUAUACUCUUCAGA